UCCUCCCGCUUGGUUAAAGACCGACUUUUUCGUAGAAACAGUGUGUAUCUUUGGCGCGUUCUAGCUCGUCACGACGUGACAGCUUUCCUUCAAACUCUCACCUUCCACGCAACCCUGGUGGCUAUGCCCACCCAGGCGCCUUCAGAGGACGAGAAUCUUGAUGAUUUCCCAUCUUUGGCGUCGCUUUUGGGUAUCAAGGAUAGUCUUCGCCUUAGACGAGACCCCAUUGGCAUUCGUCAACGGCCACAUAUCAUUCUAAAACGCGUGGAAGAGUCGGACACCUCAAGCGACGAUAGCGACGAACCUCAUAGCGACACCGUCCAGUUCAGAAUCUACACAGCCAAGCAUCUAAACCUAAAACCCGGCCGAGAAUUGCUCUUGACUGUAGAAUCACUUGACGAAAAGUUUGAAGACCAACUUUUCACUUUUGAGGGGACCCUUGAUGCCUCUAGCGACUCGGAUGACUCCGACGCUGAGAAUACCACUCAAGUAGAAGAAGAGCCUCUAAUCCCGGACGGAGAAGAUGAUACUGUGCUCCCAUGUGCAACCAUGCCUCCCAAAAUGCGCCGUAGAGAAUGGAUGAACAAAGACCCGAUCGCACCUGUACCUGUGAAGCAAUCGGCAGCCUACGCAUCCGCUGGAGUGCAAACAACCCAAGCAACCCCCAUCCACCGGUGUUUAGCAUCUAUUGCUGUGCAAGCAACACCCCCGAUGCUCUCAGCUUCAACGCAGGCCACCCCUUCUUACGUGUCGAGUUCCGUUCAAGCUCGAAUCGAAACACAUUCCCAGAGCAUUCAAACCACAACAGUGAGCUCGUCCACGGCACCUUCGAGUCGGUUUGCAAAGAGCCAAGAGCCAUUAUCCGCUUUGACUAUCGAUAUUCCGACUUCUUCUCCUUCUGUGGACGACAUGGAAAUCUCGCCAGGCGAUGCACUCGAAGAAGAUUCGCUCGUCAAGUCGUCUCUUCUCACCUUCAAGUCGGUGAAAGAGGAGAUUCUCGACGACGACAUAUCGUACUCUAGUCCCAUAAACCCCACAUCCGAGAACGGAAGUUCUUCUCCCCUCCUCCCCGCUUCAUCAAUAUCCCACCCAAUUUCGUCACCUGUCCCAGCCGUUGUUUCCACCUUGGAUUCUGGACCUAUCUUCCACAGACAACACACCGCUUUAACGGGCAUCCCUCCGACGGAGCCCGCCUCGCUCAGACAUGGAUUCCCGCCUGCAAAGAAGAUCCAAAUUCAUCCACAUCCGCCGCCUGACGCUCCGCCGCCUCUUCCGAAGUUCAGUCUCAUGAUUCCUCGUGGAAUACAGACCAAAGCGAAAAUGAAAACGAAGCCAGAACCGGAAGUCACCGUCACAGCAGUCAAUAUCGCCGAUGCGAAAGAAGCUAUUGUCAUCUCGACUGGGCCGUACUCGAACUGCCUCAAUAUCCGGCCAUCUUCCAUACAUUCGCGCACAACUGGACCUACGACGACCGCUUCCUCACUGGCAGCUUCAAGCUCCAAGAAAAGAUUGGUCAUUAAUAGUACUGGACCGCUCAGUGCACGGGUCAAAAAGACUGCGAAUCAAGAGCCGAACAACGUCGAUUGCGAUAACACCACCAUUGACAAUAGUAUUGAUAUCGGUAUUGAAAGUCCAAGUUCGUCCUCGUCUGUUCCAGCUGCGAGCAGAUGGCAACGCAUCGAGGCAAGUCGGGAAGUUAUAGGCGAAAAUCUGAGGAUCAAAAAUAAGGUCUCUGAACCUCAAUCGCGCCCUACAGUGCCUCGUUCAAUGCUAUUGCCAGAGGAAUCCUCAUCUCGUCUUACAAAUGACAUCAAUGCCUCUCUCUUGCCACAAAUCUCACCCAAUGGCAAGAAACGCAAAGGGGAGAAUGAAUCGGAACGCCAAGUCGCUUUUCCCCAAUCGGAAUCAUCUUCGCUUUCUUUGAAAUCUGGUGCAUCUUUGACCCAUUUCGUUGUGUGCGUUCUUGCUCAAAUGAUUUGUGUUGUAGCGCUCAAGCAUCCCUUGCCUGCCCGGCCCCUAGACAUUCCUUCUCUCUCGACAUUGGAGCCGUCUCGGGUCAUAAAGCGAGAGCGCUCGCCAUCGCCCAAUAUUUGGACAGCGCCUGGCAUUGUUCGCGUUCAUAAACGCUCGAGAAAGGCUUCACGUUCGAAACGGAGGAAUGCCUCACCUGGAAGGAGGCGCCGUGAAAGUGAUUGUUGGACAGCACCAGAUGUUGUCCGUCUGCAGCCCGCAGCAUCAACUAGUGCUCGUCCAAUUGAUGUUGAUUUGAUUCCAGAUCCUCAGCCAAGACGUGUAAAACGAGAAGAAUCUCCAUCACCAGGCCUUCCGGCCCCACAAGAUACCUGCAGAAAACUCAAGCCAAGUCAUACGGAAACCCUCGCUGGUGGACCCGGGGUUGUCAAGAUAGUAUUCAAUUCGGAUGGGUCAAAGACUGCAGUGCUAUGUCAAGACAAUACUGUUCGUAUUUGGGAUUGUGUGGCCAUGACUGAGAUAGUUUGUUUGUCCCAAUUUGCGAACGCGGAACUGGCGUGGCUAGAAAAGGACUUGGUUUCGCUUUCUCGAGAUGGCGUCCUGCGUAAACUAGUGAAGAGGGAACGAGGUUGGGACCGCAUCCCCAUCGUCUGCGUCAGUCCAGAGCAAUACUCGCUAGACGAUGAGCUGCGCCUCACGGUGCUUGGGGGUCGAAUUGCGAUAUCUUGUCCUCGAUUCGGAGUUAACGUUUGGAUAUGGAGUAAAGGCUCUUGGGUUGCGCAACGAUCUAUUUCGAGAAAGAAUAUCACAGCGCUCAAGUUCAUUGAAGGAGGUGAUGCGUUGAUUGGGGGGACUCUUGAGGGUGUUGUGUGGCAUUGUGCGGUUCCUAAUGGCAUGCUCAAGGCGUAUGCCUUCCUGCCAUCCAAAAUCACAUCACUCUCCAUCAAUCCAAGAUGCAUGCAGGCAUUGGCCUCGACAGCGGAUGGGCCUGUUUGCGUGGUUGAUCUCGGCCCGCAACAGACUCGCCGAUUAAAAUAUGAUUAUUCGAGCUCGUCAUUUGACGGACAGUUUGCUAGUGAGGGUAAUGUUGUCAUUUGUGGCUCCCGACAGGACUGUCUAGCGGUCUGGGAUGCACAAAAGGAGAACCUAUUAGUUUGUGAGAUGGAAUAUGGGCAUGAUAACUUGAUCCAAGUCGUGGCAACUUGCGAUGGCCCGCGGGCCUGUGUCCUUGCAGGCACUCGCGAUGGUCAAUUAUUGCGGUGGGAUACUCCCAAACAUCAUUCCAGUGGCUCGACUGUCUCGGUUCAAAAGCUGGGGAAAUUUAGGUAG